CUCUUGGAUGCAUUGUAAUGCGAUGUGUGUAUAACAUUGUGCACGUCGCAGUAAAUAUCCGGCCCGAACGCGCCUUAUCUUAUCGCAAUAAACGGAAAUUGCGUUAUGGUGAGACGUUCCUGCAUACCUUACGUUCAGCAGCGUUUCACACGGUUAGAGACACCGAAUUAAAGUCGUAAAGCAUAAUCGAGAAGGCAUUUGUCAUAUCGCAGCGGAAUUUUGCGAUAAAUUUGAAAAGCGUUUGCAUCCACCGAGUUCAUUGCAGUUCUUGUUUAGUCACGCGAGGACGGAAGCAUACAUGGAUCAUCUCAAUUUCGCAAAUGACCACGAGCUUUUCAAUUCCCUGGAGGCAAUCUUAAGCUCCAGCGAGCGUAAUCUCCAUGAAUUCAUAAGCGACUUACCGAAUAUCCUCGCGACUAACAAUUUCCGACGUGGAUUUCACAGUGAGGAGACAAAUGAAAAUAAAAUCCACACGUUUUUCAAUAAAUUUUCAACGUCGUCCGUUAGCGUUUCAAAAGAUAACGCGAAAGAACUGAUAGCUUUGGAGUCGAAAUGCGAGAAGCUGAGCGCUGAAGUUGAACGCUUGACGACGGAGAAGGAAACCGCGUACGAAGAGAUAAGACAUUUAAAAGAUCAAGUAUUAAGCCAAAGUAUCUAUUGCGCAACUCUCGGUGCUGUGUUAGGUAACUUGACAUGGCGUGCUUCUAGAUUUCCACAAACAAUCGAUGCCUGGUUAUCGACCCUACAGAGCAAACUAGAAGAAUUCUUGUCGAUAGUGUACGGAACUUUCAGCGCGUUUGUUAACACUUACAAAACGUCACUUCCCCCAACCAGCAACGUUGAGUACAAGUUUAUAAUAGGACUCCUCGGCAUCGUCACCAACUUAUCCGCGAGCCCGGAGGGUCGUGAAUUUUUAAUUACGAAUUCUAGCGGCAAGGAAUUCGUGCUGGAAAUAAUUAAACUGAUUCCCGAAUUACCACCAAGUUCCGGGUCGUCGCCUUUGAAAAGAUUGAUACUAAUGGUGCUGUAUAAUGUAAGUAUGAACAAGACAGGCUUGCAAUACCUACUGGCAUCACGAGUGGGAGACCCAUUGAGUCAUUGUCUAAGAGAUAAAUCAUCCAUGGAAGAAACACAACUGCUUUGUCUUCGCGUUCUGCAGUCCAUCACUUACGAUCUCACGGAGCCGAAAUACAUUCAAGAUCUCACCGCAGCCAUUCCGAUCGAUAUGAUUGAACUCAUGGUGUCCUCGAAGCGUAGCAAUCUAAGCAAUAUCGCGAAACAAGUUAUUAAACACUUACGAAACUGUGAAAAAAAUUGCAAAGUGACGUCUCAAGACGUGUGAUAAAUUUGAAAGCAUUCCUCACGAACGCGUCAUACGUUUUGAGACAUGAAAACAAUAUAUGUAUUAAUGCUAUUUAAAUAUUUCUCUCGAGUUUCUGUACAAACGACAUAAGUGCGUGUGAUUUUUUCUUAUAUUCCGGUCUAGUCUCGAUUCGAUUUUACACAAAUAUCUGAGAGAUUACAUCAAAUGUUAGCGCUAUUCAGUGCCCUACUCUGCGCUGAACUUUUAGGCAAGUUUCACUUCGCUAUCAUGGCAGACAAUAAUAGAAUAUUGCCAGACUACGGACUAUCCUUGGAACACAUGUUCGUGGCUAGCACUGAGGGUUGUCGACUAUCGAUCUGCAAAGAGUAGGAAUAAAAUGAAAGCAAUCGUGCAGGAUAUAGUGCAAGUAUAGUCCAGUCGAUAUUAUAAGAGUUAUUAUUCUGGUGGUAUUCAUAUACCAACGAUGAUGAAUAAAUCACGCUGCAACAGUGAGAUGAGAGAACAAGUCAUUUGAUUAAUCGACAACGACAAAUUGUAUUGUAUCGUUAACAAAUCUGGGACUGAAUAUUGUUACAUUUGCAACAGCAGUUGCGAUCUACCGCUGCGUCCUGAAUUUAUCAGUUUAACAAUUAGUGUAUUCGAGAUUUUUCGAGUUAUUUUUCGUAACAAAUUAUUCAUGAGGGUAAGCGAGAUACGUCAGUUGCACUGACCCAGCGGUUAUAUCGAGGUAAUGACCGGCCGUUCCAAAUAAAAGUUUGCGUGCGCUUCCAUAGAUGUUCGAUAAUACCUCGCGAUACAAUCGCACGCAAUUACCGUAAUUUAAAUAUCUUAUGUCAACCUCUACCCACAGAUAUUGUAGAUAUCCUUUUAUAUGUAGAUUUAUAUUUAAAAUGUAAAUCUUUUUAAACGGCGCACAAAUAUCACAAAAGUGUAUUUGUUAAAAAUGUAUGAGGGAACGAGUAACUAAAAAUAUCGUUCCUUUUGCAGCAAACUGAGAAUGGAACGAGACGUGUUAUACCUUUUAA